AUGAAGGAUCUUGCGCGCCCUGACUCGUUCGGCCGCUAUGGCCAGUUCGGCGGCAAGUACGUUCCAGAGACCCUCAUGGCCGCUUUGGAUAAUCUCGAGAAGGUUUACAACGAGACAGUCCAGGAUCCCGCAUUUCAGGCGGAGUUCCAGUCGAUCCUCAAGGACUACGUGGGUCGCGAGUCGCCGCUUUACUUCGCGGAGCGCCUCACGGAGCACUACUCGCGCCCCGACCCCGCGGACCCCUCGCGCCGCGUCGGCCCGCACGUGUACCUGAAGCGGGAGGAUCUGAACCACACGGGCGCGCACAAGAUCAACAACGCCAUUGGCCAGGUGCUCCUGGCGAAGCGCAUCGGCAAGAAGCGCAUCAUCGCGGAGACGGGUGCGGGGCAGCACGGCGUGGCGACGGCGACGGUGUGCGCGCGCUUCGGGCUGAACUGUAUCGUGUACAUGGGCGCGGAGGACAUGAGGCGGCAGGCGCUCAACGUGUUCCGCAUGCGCCUGCUGGGCGCAGAGGUGCGCGCCGUGCACAGUGGCACGCGCACGCUCAAGGACGCCACGUCAGAGGCGAUCCGCGACUGGGUGACCAACGUGGACACCACCCACUACAUCCUCGGCUCUGCUGCCGGCCCCCACCCCUACCCCAUGAUCGUCCGCGACUUCCAGUUGUUGCAUGCAGCCCUAUGGUUCUUUUCCUUCAUUGCACUCAUAAUCACGUCCCCCCCCUCCUCCCUCCUAACCCCACCCACUCCACGCCUCUCCUCCUUCCGCCCUCUCAAAAUUUCCUUACUUCCUGCCCGUCUGGCCAUCAUCGCCAGGGAAGCCAAGAAGCAAUCCUUUGAGAAAUUCGGUCAGCUGCCCGAUGUGCUGGUGGCGUGCGUAGGAGGAGGGUCGAACGCCAUGGGGCUGUUCCACGAGUUCGUGGAGGACGAGGGCGUGCACAUGGCCAUCAUCGGUCGCGAGGCCAAGAAGCAGUCGUUUGAGAAAUUCGGCCGCCUGCCUGAUGUGCUGGUGGCAUGCGCAGGAGGAGGGUCGAACGCCAUGGGGCUGUUCCACGAGUUCGUGGAGGACGAGGGCGUGCGCAUGGCCAUUAUUGGUCGGGAGGCGAAGAAGCAAUCCUUUGAGAAGUUUGGCCGCCUGCCGGACGUGCUGGUGGCGUGUGUAGGAGGAGGGUCGAACGCCAUGGGGCUGUUCCACGAGUUCGUGGAGGACGAGGGCGUGCGCAUGGCCAUCAUCGGUCGCGAGGCCAAGAAGCAGUCAUUUGAGAAAUUCGGCCGCCUGCCCGAUGUGCUGGUGGCGUGCGUAGGAGGAGGGUCGAACGCCAUGGGGCUGUUCCACGAGUUCGUGGAGGACGAGGGCGUGCGCAUGGUGGGCGUGGAGGCGGCGGGGCACGGUGUGCACACAGACAAGCAUGCGGCGACUCUGACGGCCGGGGAGGUGGGCGUGCUGCACGGCGCCAUGAGCUACCUGCUGCAGGACAGCGAUGGGCAGAUCAUUGAACCCCACAGCAUCAGCGCCGGAGGAGGAGGGGGAGGUGGGCGUGCUGCACGGCGCCAUGAGCUACCUGCUGCAGGACGCUGGUGGGCAGAUCAUGGAGCCGCACAGCAUCAGCGCGGGGUGAGUAACGUGGUAACUGGGACUGACUGGGGAUGGGGAUGGAAUUCGUGCUCGCAUGUGCUGCAUGGUGCCAUGAGCCACCUGCUGCAGGACGCUGGUGGGCAGAUCAUUGAACCCCACAGCAUCAGCACCGGCCUUGACUACCCCGGGGUGGGCCCGGAGCACAGCUUCCUCAAGGACAUUGGGCGGGCGGAGUACUUCAGUGUGACUGACGACGAGGCCCUGCAAGCAUUCAAGCGUGUGUCGCGGUUGGAAGGCAUCAUCCCGGCUCUGGAGACGUCCCAUGCGUUGGCAUACCUGGAGUACCUCUGCCCUCAGCUGGCCGAUGGCACCAAGGACAACGGCAUCAAGCGGCUGAAGCUGUUCGGAGCUGACGUGGACAUCCUGCGCGCGCUCGUGGGCACGGACAUCGAGGUGGCGGUGAUGCUGCAGAACGAGUACCUCAACCUCGUCGCCGGCUCGCAGAAGGAGGCGGCCAAGUGGCUCAGCAACAACGUCUCUCCCUUCGUCUUUCCCAAGGGGGCCAACAUCAGGGAGAUAGCAGUGGGGAACGAGCCGUUCCUUCAGGGCUAUCAGGGCAUGUACGAGUCAGCAGUGGUGCCGGCGAUGCGAAACAUGUACAGUGCGCUACAGGACGCCAAACUAGACGACAAAAUCAAGCUGACCGUGCCUCUUAACGCGGAUAUUCUCGGGAGCUCCUACCCGCCGUCCUCGGGCGAGGUUCGAGGGGAUAUUUUGGAGGAUAUCACCGCGAUUGCAGAUAUUUUGAAGCAGUCAGGUGGAACGUUCUCGAUAAAUAUCUACCCGUUCCUGACGCUGCAUCAGGACACGACGGGGGCGAUCGGGCUGAACCAGGUUUUUUUGGGGCAGCCUGGCGGGCAGGCGUGGCAAUUCAAGGACCCGAAGAGCGGGCUGAAAUACGACAACAUUUUCGACGGGGCGUUUGAUGCUGUGGUGGCUGCUCUGGAGAAGAUCGGUUAUGGCGAUAUCAUUGCGGGAUCUUUGUGGUCGUUUGAUGCUGUGAUGGCCACUCCGGAUAAGAUCAGAUGUGUUGAUGUGAGUGCCCCUCUCACUAUCCACUCCACCCUCAUUCACCACACUUUCACACCCCCACUCCCCCCCACCUUCCCUCCCCACACCCCCCAACCCCCCCUCCGCACCCCCCGUCCCUCCCACUUCUCCUUCUCUCUGCAGCUGCCGAUCGAGAUUGGCGAGAUCGGGUGGCCAUCCGACGGCCAGGGUGACAUGAGGGGCUACGCCACAGUGGACAACGCAUAUCGCUUCAACCAGGCAAUCCUAGCCCACAUGUUGUCAGGAAGAGGCACACCCGCCCGCCCGAAUCAAAUCCUGAGUGGAUACCUUUUCGCGCUUUCAGACGAAGACCGGAAGAUUACUCUAGCCGGCCCGUUCGAGAGGCAUUGGGGAAUUUUCCGCGCGGACGGGACCCCGAAAUACCCGUUGGAUUUGACGGGCGGCGGGAAGAAUGUCACUCUGAAAAGCGCAACAGGAAUUGUGCUGUACCCCGGGCGGUGGUGUGUGGCCAAGGAGGAUGCGGACCCGCAGAAAUUGGCCGAAGCAGUGACGUACGCGUGUGGGGAUACGAAGCCUUCGGAUUGCACACCUGCACAGUCAUUAUUCAAGCUGGGGAAGAAGCUUGGCCAGGGCCAGUUCGGCGUAACGUUUCUCUGCACGGAGAAAGCCACGGGGAAGGAGUACGCGUGCAAGACCAUCGCAAAGAAGAAGCUUAUAUCGAGGGAGGACGUGGAGGACGUGAAACGCGAGGUGGCGAUCAUGCAUCACCUGUCGGGCCAUAACAACAUUGUGUGCAUCAAGGGAGCUUACGAGGAUCACGCGAAUGUACACAUUGUCAUGGAGCUCUGCACGGGAGGCGAGCUGUUCGAGCGCAUUAUUAAAAAGGGCCACUACAGUGAGCGGCAGGCGGCGGAGCUAACGCGGACGAUCGCGAAGGUGAUAGAGGCGUGCCACUCGCUGGGCGUGAUCCACCGCGACCUCAAGCCGGAGAACUUCCUCUUUGCCAACAAGUCCGAGACCGCCGACCUCAAGGCGACCGACUUCGGCCUCUCCUACUUUUUCAAGCCAGGCGAGUACCUGUCGGACGUGGUGGGCAGCCCGUACUACGUGGCGCCGGAGGUGCUGCGGCGGAGGUACAAUGAGAAGGCGGACGUGUGGAGCAUGGGCGUUAUCAUCUACAUCCUGCUCUCCGGCGUGCCACCCUUCUGGGCAGAGACGGAGCAGGGCAUAUUCGAGGCGGUGCUGCGGGGCGAGCUGGACUUUGAGUCGGACCCGUGGCCGUCUAUCAGUGAGGACUCCAAGGACCUCAUCCGCCACAUGUGCUGCCUCGACCCCAAGAAGCGCUACUCCGCUUAUGACGUGCUCUGCCAUCCGUGGGUGGCCAAGGAUGGCGUCGCACCCGACAAGCCUCUGGGCUCAGCCGUGCUGUCCCGCCUGAAGCAGUUCACGGCGAUGAACAAGCUCAAGAAGAUGGCGCUGCGCGUGAUCGCAGAGAGCAUGUCGGAGGAGGAGAUCUCGGGGCUGAAGGAGACGUUCAAGAUGAUGGACACCGAUGGCAGCGGCACCAUCACGUAUGAGGAGCUGCGUGCCGGGCUCAAGAGGAUCGGGUCUACGCUCAAUGACAUGGAGAUUAAGGAGCUCAUGGAUGCGGCUGACAUUGACGGCAAUGGCACCAUUGACUACGGCGAGUUCCUGGCGGCCACGGUGCAGCUGAACAAGAUAGAGCGCGAGGAGACGCUGUUUGCUGCCUUCUCCUACUUUGACAAGGACUCUUCGGGCUUCAUUUCCACUGAUGAGCUGCAGGACGCGUGCCGUGAGUACGGCGUCGACGAGGAGUGCAUCGUUGAGACCAUGCGCGACGUUGACACUAACAAUGAUGGCAUCAUUGACUAUAACGAGUUUGUUGCCAUGAUGAGGCAAGGGAACGGAGGGAUUGGCAGGAAGAGUUUGGGCGGCAGCUGGACCAGUGGCAAUCUCUUCCGGGACCUCGUGUCGGCCGGCCAAAAGGCCGGCCCCAACUCACCCUUGGCUUCAGUACAACCCUGA